CACCGUGCGCAGGGGUAUCGCAUUAAAAAAAACAAAAUGCCAAAUAGUUUUUGAAUUCGUUCCAAAUUUGAAUUGUGAAAGAUGAAAGUGACAUUACUUUUGGUACUUUUAACUAUAGUGAUCUCCUGCACGGCACAAUCCAAAGAUGGCGGCACCGUGCUCUCCUCAGUGCUGAGACCGGAGCGCCAGAGCCGCUACUAUGACCGGUACGAGGACAGGCGCUGCGGCCGGUGUGAUGAUGAUGAGGACGACGACGACGACGACGAUGAUAGGGGUAGAGACGACGACAGACGGUCCAACAAACCAACCUACGGUAGCAGAAGCGACAGAAACAAGUACGACGACAACUACGACGAUGACAAGAAGAAGAACGGGACGGAAGAUGGUGAGGGAGAUAGAAACAGGUCCAGGAAGCGAAACAAGAAUAGACAUAGAUACGACGACAGAGACAGAUAUAGACUGGACUACUACGACAGGUUCCUGAGGGACCCUUACAGGGGACGAUACGAUCGGCCGCAAGUUCCGUACUCGAGGGGCUACGAUUACGACCGGUACGACGAUUUCGGUCGGAGCGACGACUAUAGAAGACCGUACGACGAUCGGUACGAUAGAUACGGCGGGUAUGGACCGGGGGUGGGCAGAGGAGCUCAUGAUAGUUUCAGGCCGUGGGACGAGACGUACCGCGGGCAGUCGGGGUGGGACGACGGCGGGCGAGGGUACUACUUCGCGUCCGGACGACCGGACAACACCCCCUGGGCCGCUAGGGACUACUCCAGACCAGUAUCUGGAUGGCAAAGCUCCUACCGAGAUCCUGGAUAUUCUAGCGGGUACGGUUCCGGGGGAUAUGCACCUGGGUAUGGAAGUUCUGGUGGAUACGGGGGCUCUGCUGGAUAUGGGGGUUCUGCUGGAUAUGGGGGCUCUGCUGCGUAUGGGGGCUCUGCCGGGUAUGGUGGUUCUGCUGGAUACGGGGGUUCUGCUGCGUAUGGGGGCUCUGCCGGGUAUGGAGCUUCGUAUGCUGGAAGUCCGGCUGGUGGAUACGGCAGCCAAUACGGUAGUUCCGGCUACGGUGGUUACUCCAGGAGCGGGUAUGGAGAUGCUUCACGGUACGAGCCGUACUCCAGCGGCUGGCGGAGCGUCGGGUACACCAGCAGGCCGUAUAGGGAUCAGAGCGGUGUAGCACAGCUGGACUCCAGAACACCAGACCGCAGCCAGAGCUACUCCAGCAGCACAACUCCCGGCACCAGCUACCUGUUCCAGAGGGAGGACGAGCAUGUCACCAAAGACGCCACGGACACUUCGACGUAGAUUAUUAUAUAUGAAUAGGCCAUAGUUACAUUACUUUCAGAGUAACAUAACA